AUGAUAAGGAACGCAGCUUUGCAUUGGUUUGCCGUGCUGGCACUGUUUUGUCACCUGCCUCACAAUCCUGUACAUGCAUCUGAAGGCUACUCUCUCUCAAUUUUAGGUCAGAACGUCUGUGCUGGCUCCACCUUGUACGUACAAUACACAGCACCUGUCGGCCAUGCACCGAACAACAUCAUCGUUAUGUAUCUGAGGGAUGGGAAUCAAAAUUUUGUGUUGACCGGGAGCAAUCCGGUCCCAUGGAAUGCCACAGGUAUUUUGGCGGUGGAAACGUACGAGUCGUACGUGAAUAAUCUUGUCGUCUUUCGUUACUUUCAAAACUUAACCAGCGUCGAUCACGAUCAUCGUCCUCUCGCGGAAACGCAGACCGAGAACCUUGGUAGCCCGUCCGAUCCCUGCGGGGUCUGCGGGGGAGACGGCAGCACCUGUCGCGGAUGUGAUGGGAUUAUCAACAGUGGGAAGCAAGUUGACAAGUGUGGGGUGUGCGGGGGGCAGGAUGAGUGUGUGGAUUGCCGCGGUGUGCCGUAUGGUAUGUACAGAACUGACCGUUGCGGACGUUGCGGCGAACCCAGGUACACCUGCUCCGAAGGUCCUAGGAGAGGCUUCCCAUGCCAUAAUGGCGAAGACUGUGGUGGCAAACCGUGCACCACCGAUCUUCCCUUCGAGGGGUGGAAUCUUUGUGUUGAUUGCGGUGGAACGCUGAACGGGAGCCUGACGAGGGACUCGUGCGGUGUGUGUGGAGGGUCAGACGAGAGCUGUAUACGAGGAUAUGUCAUCCUCCCUCCCCUCUAUGACGUUUGUGCUGAUAGCCCUCUACUUGUCGACUGGUUGUCACCAGCCGACAGGGCGAAAACUUCGAUUCUCGGGUUCGCAAUGAUUCGUAGCGAUGGCUCGACAGGGCCUCUGCAAGGCUGGGCAUUCAUGGAUCCAUCUCAAGCAGGGAGCUCGUCGCCCUACCUCUUCCAAGCGCUACAAUCUCCAUCUACCUUGCUGGGGAGCAGCAUGCUGUUCCGUAACCAGUCUGAUACCAGCGGGUCGAUGCUCUUCAAUAGGUCCAGCUCGCAGCAGCAGAUUUCGAGCUGCAUCCCCGGAAGUUCGGAUCAAGAUUCGCGAUGCCUGAGCUCGCUGGAAUUCUUCAGGCCCAUGCGGCCAGGGAAAUAUAGAAUGCAAAUAUUCAGCUCGUCAAUGAGCCCCCAGCGUAUUGCUCAAAGCGCUGUCUUCGAAGUGCUUCAGAGACCUGACGAGUGUGGAGUAUGUGGAGGGGACGGGGCGAGUUGUCGGGGUUGUGAUGGACUCAUCAACAGUGGGGUUGAAUUCGACCAGUGCAAUGUGUGCGGGGGGAACAACGCAUGUCUUGGAUGCGAUGGGAUCCCUUUUAGUGAACAGGUGGUUGACAUUUGUGGAGAGUGUGGUGGGAUGAACGUCUCUUGUACGGGCUGUGAUGGUGUAGCGAGAUCUGAUGGGGGCUUGAAGUACGAUUCAUGCGGAAAUUGUGGAGGAGAAGACGAUUCAUGCGCUUUGCCGCCCAAGGUCGGGCUGCUCCCCUACCCAGCUGAUUUCGCAUGCGGGAACAAAAUUGCUUUUUGGUGGACAGCACCGUCGAACAAGAGUUCUUCAGACUUUAUUGCCCUAUGUGAAGGUGGCACACCUCUCCAAUACACUCCAGGAGCAUGUCUACCUGUCCUUCUGAACAUCUCAGGAAGUUAUGGUGAAGCCAAAGUCGACCUGCAGUUGUCCCCAAGCACGUAUGACUUGCGUUACCUGCAGCACCAGCCUAUAACUUCGGACGGGAAUCACAUCCCUUUCGUGGUCAAGUCCUCAUUCUCCUUCCUGCUGAAAUCUGCGUCAGAUCAAUCAUGCUUGUCUUUGGAAGCUAGAGUGAAAACUGGACAUCAGGUGUACUGUGCAGGCCAAGAACUGCUGGUCGACUGGACUCUCCCUAACGUCCUCUCGAAUCAGUACGUGCAAGGUGCAGUUCUCGGGAUUUCAAGUGAGGAAUCGGAGGAUCUACCUUGCACAUCUCCUUGCUACGAGCAAGUGUCGGGAUGCACCAUGUGCUAUGAAAGAAUCUGCGCAUUGGGUCAGACUUGUUCCAACUCAGGUACAGUGGUCGUUCCGGCCACACCCAGUGUCCAGUUCUAUGGCUUGUCGACUCCUACACUGGCAGGCAGGUACAGAGCAUGCUUCUACACUGAUCAGACCCUGUUCAUGGAGAACUCUCCUCUCGCGUGCUCUGCCCCAUUCUGGAUCUCCUCGAAAGGACUGGACGUCUGUGGAGUCUGUGCUGGAGACGGCCGGUCAUGUUUGGGUUGCGAUGGCGCUCCUUUCAGUGGAAAGACCUACGAUGUCUGCGGAGUUUGUGGUGGAAAUGGGAGGAGUUGUCUGGGAUGCGACGGCAUCCCGAACAGCAAGAAAAUUGUUGACGCCUGCGGGGUUUGUGGAGGCGACGGCAAGAGCUGCCUGGGAUGUGAUGGGAUUCCAUACAGUGACAAGACUUUCGACUCGUGCGGAAUAUGUGGAGGUAACGAUUCCCACUGCAAAGAUCCUUAUCAGCUACUUGUACGAGGAACUUGCACUGGAGAUGCUGUUGUGGUGUCCUGGAGGGCACCGUCAAAUCACCCUGCUCUAUCGCUGAAGGUCAACACUACACUCUUCCCCUGCCUUCUCCGGUGGUAUGGUCUUGCUGGCCCUCUGCCUGGCCAGUCGCCCGACACCUCGCUGUCCUCGUUGAAAGUGGCGCAAGACUUUCCGGCUGGAUCUCCAGGAUGUGGCGAGCCUUGCACGACGGGUUGGGCGAUCUUUGUUGCGGACACGGACAAGCUGGACCUGUGUGCCGAGCAGAGCUUGAGCUGGACGAUCUACUUGGAAGCUGAACGGAGGAGCGCAACCUCUGUUGUGAUGCAGGUGGUGCAGAAGACGAGCAUCCGUCAGAUAAAGUCGUGCGGAGCUUGUGAGGUUUGGUUCGGGCAGACAUGCCCUGUGACGACGACAGCAGUACGGAUGACUACGACGUCUCGUGCAGCUACGACUUCUCGGCAGUUCACAACCAGCGCUGUGACAAGCACUCCCCUGCCUUCCACCACUCCGAUCGAAACGACUCCGGCGAUUCAAACAACUCCCAGUAUGAACCUCACGUCGGUGAAAGGAUACGUCAAGGUCCAUAUAGCUGCUGUACACAUCGAGAUGCACCUGGAACAGUUCAGCUCAGCCAUCAGAGAAGCAGUUGCAAGCCUUGUGGAAGCUGACAGCAACUUCUACCUCCCAAGCUUGCAAGCGACAGUCGAUGCUGUGUGUAACGAGGUUGGCACCUCCUGCGAUUGGUUCAAUCGGCCAAGCUUGAGGACGAUCGAGUCUCACCACGAGAAGUCUUCUGGCCGCAUGAUCUUGCAGGCGUCCGAAGAUUUGUGCCUAGUUGUCUUCCAUCUCAUAGUCCCGUCGGAAUACUCCAGCGCUAUGAAUGUCUUGUUACAGCAACAAGUUCUUGCCGAUCAGAUUUCUGUCAGGCUUGUCUCCACGUUAGGAGGGAAAGUGAAGACAGAGAUGGCUCCGAUGAAAGCGGCUGAUUCCGCGUCGAUAGUCGCCGUUGUAGUUUACCGAUGGCUGGCGACUCGGUCUCCGCUCAAGACUGUGAAAUCCAAGUUGCGAAGGUUCCACAAGAUGGAUGAGGAUGAAGGGUUGGAGUUGCCGAUCCAGGUGAAGGUGGAGAAAGGACGCAACGGGAAUCAGCAGAUGGGGAGGGAGAGUGAGGAUGGAGUGCCUGUGGAAGACAGUGCUAGCCCUUCGCACGAACGAGGGCACGAGAACGGUCAACGGGAGGAUUGCGAGGAGGUCGUCUCUGUCGCUCCUAACGGGCAGGGAAGAAAGAGUGAGGAGAAAGCUGAUGAGAGCGAGUACCCCGGGCACUCGGAUGCGACGGGCUCCAGCACUCCUCAGACUGUAGAGGUCAGCGGGUCCUCCAAGUCUACGACGACGGAUGUCGACAAGACUUCGCAGGAGUCCAGCCUGUCGCCAGACUACAACGACCGCAUCCUUGCAGAGGACUUCACCCCGAAGCCCCUCCACGUCCCUCGUCGCACUCCCCUCUCCGUCUCCUCCCACAUCAGGACUCUGCCCCUGGGCGAGGACGCGCUGGCAGCGCUGAAGCGGCAGGAAGGGUCAACCCUCGCGUCUGAGGAGGAGCGGGAGCAUCUGAAACGAAUCGAGAGUCUGUCACUCAACGAGUCGAUCCGCAAGCCCAAGUACAUGAUGAGGACCCGGAGCUCCGCUCGGCAGAGGGUUCUGGAGGGAUCGACGGUGUCUGUAGAGACUUCGACAUGCCUGAAGGAGUCGGAGAAGACUGUGUGCGAGCAGCAGGGCAACGGGUCGCUUGAUGGCAUGAAGAAGAAUCUCUACAACGUGGCUGUGCAGCCCAACGGAGUUGUCGAUAAGAAUGAAGAAGGGAGCGAGGAAAGAGAACGAGGAGAAGGAGAGAGAGGAGGGAGAGGAGAUGGCAAAACUGGUGAUCGUGUCAAGGAAGAUUCAGCACCGCGUGCAAAUGGACACUGCGAGGAGGUUGAAGGGCUCGAUGGCGAGGUGGACAAGGACGAAGAAACGAAGUCAACCAUUCAGACGAGCAGCGACCGUGGCGAUGAGAAUGCUCCAGUGUGCAAUGGAAAGGGAGGAAGAGAGGAAAGUUCUGAGGAUGAAGGAGGUGUUAGGCAGGCAGCUGCAGCACCUACGGCUGACAACUUGGAAGGGGAGGAAGAUGAACGGGAAGGAGACAAUGGGCAAGCAUGCGAGCUGAAGGAGGAGACUACACGGGGAGCAGGGGACGUUCAAGGUGGAAAGGAUGGAGGGGGAGGGGGAGGGGGAGGGGGAGGAGCGGCAGAGCAGGGCGUUGAUCCGUCGGAAGGAGAGCAAGGUGAAGCCCAUGGAACGUCGGGAGCGAGCGGAGGGCCAGAGGGAGGGGACCGCGAAGGUGUUGGGGGGGUGGCUCACACAAAGGCUGAGGACGAAGUUGGAGGAGACCGAGCGGAAGGGAAAGAGAAGGAGGACAAGGAGGAAGACAAGGAGGAGGAGGCAGAGGAUGGGGAAGAGUCAGACCGGAGGAAUGCCGACGAUGACCAAGUCGUGACGACAGAGCGAGGAAGUGAAGAAACGGGACGCAAAGACACCUGCGCAGGAGCAAGUGGAAGAAAAGGAGCAGGAGGAGGAAGAGAAGGGGAAGGAGGAGAAGAAGAGGAUGGAGAGACCCAGCACAUUGUCAUGUCGCAGGAGGGGACAGGAUGA